AUGGCCUUUAUGGGAUACUUCGAGUGUGGAUUUAUAUUUUUCCUUUCUUUGCUGGAUUCUGCGUCUACUCAAAUCGUCUAUUCCGUACCGGAAGAGGUAAAUAAAGGGACAGUUGUUGGGAAUAUAGCGAAAGACCUGAACAUAAAUGUUCACGAACUGGAAUCUCGUAUGCUUGAGAUUGUGACUGGAUCAAAUAAGAAGUAUUUUGACGUAAAUCUGAAAACUGGCGUUCUGUUUGUUAAUGACAGAAUUGACCGUGAGGAGUUAUGCGUGUCGAAUCAGAAAUGCUCUUUGAAUAUAGAGGCCCUCGCUGAAAAUCCUCAUCAUCUUUACAGGGUGGAGAUUAAGAUCUUGGAUAUAAACGACAAUACGCCACAAUUUCCUGUUAAAGUAUUUGUCUUGAAUAUUACUGAAAACGCAAGCCCUGGAGAGAGAUUUCCUCUCCCUGUGGCCGAGGACUCUGAUGUUGGCAGUAAUUCGCUGAAAGAGUACAAACUGAGUCCGACUGAACAUUUCAGUCUAGAGACACAGAGUGAAGACCAGAGUGUGUCUGCCGAGUUAGUGCUGAAUAAGGCUUUAGAUCGAGAAAAUCAAGCGACAAUUAAGUUAGUGCUAACCGGUGUAGAUGGAGGAAAACCACCUAAAUCGGGAGCGUUAAAUGUUAUUAUAAACGUCAUGGAUGUUAAUGACAAUAAUCCAGUGUUCAGUCAACUUCUUUACAAAGUCAGAAUAAAAGAAAAUGUUGCUGCUGGUAGCAAAGUUUUAUCUGUCUUUGCCACUGAUUUGGAUGAGGGCAUAAACCGAGAAAUUGUGUAUUCAUUUGUUGGUCAUGGAAAAAAGAAAGAUCUGUUUGAAAUUAUCCCCGAGACUGGAGAUAUUGUUGUAAAAGGACAUAUUGAUUACGAGGAGAAUCCAGCGAUUGAGUUACGAGUUCAAUCGAAAGAUAAAGGCAGCCCGCCAAGAAGCACACAAUGCAAAGUUUUAAUAGAAGUUGUGGAUGAAAAUGAUAAUGCACCAGAGAUAACUGUGACUCCGCUGUUGAAAAGUGUAAAAGAAGACACAAAGUCAGGAACUGCAGUUGCUUUAGUUACAGUGUCUGAUAAAGAUGGAGAUGGGGGUAAAAAUGGCAUUGUGCACUGUGCUCUGAAAGGCUCGUAUCCUUUCAAACUGGAGACGUCAUAUAACAAUCAUUAUUCUCUAGUUGUAAAUGGACCUCUGGACAGAGAGAGUGUUUCUCUGUAUAACAUCACAAUUACAGCUGCAGAUGAAGGAACUCCGCCUCUUUCCAGCAGCACUCUUAUAACUGUACAUAUAUCUGAUGUUAAUGACAAUGCUCCACAUUUCCCAUCUCCCGUUAUUAACGCUUUUCUAAGUGAGAAUGGUCAAGCUGCAGGUCUGGUGACAAGAGUGUCAGCUGAUGAUUCAGACACUCAUGAGAACGCAGAACUUUCAUAUUCACUGUUAGACAGUUCCAGCUCCAGUGUUCAUAUAACAACACUAAUAAAUAUAAACUCUUUGAGUGGAGAAAUAUUCAGUUUGCAAUCAUUUAAUCACGAAGAAACGAAAAGAUUUCAGAUUCAAGUUAUGGCAACAGACUCUGGUAUUCCUCCUCUGAGCAGUAAUGCCACUGUAAAUGUGUUUAUUCUGGAUGAGAAUGACAACAGUCCAAUUAUUUUACCGCCUUAUUCUGUCUCAGUCAUCUUUUUACUGAGUCUCUUGGGUUUGAUAGCAGUUAAAUGCUACAGGACAGACGUCAGUUUCAGCAGUGACAUUGUGUACUCAUUUGUGGAUCAUGGAAAGAAGCAAAACUUGUUUACCAUUAUCCCCGAGACAGGAGACAUUGUUGUAAAAGGACAUAUUGACUUCGAGGAGAAUGCUGCUAUUGAAUUGCGAGUUCGUGCAAGAGACAGAGGCAAUUCCCCAAAGAGCACACAAUGUAAAGUGCUAAUAGAAGUUAUGGAUGAAAAUGAUAAUGCACCAGAGAUAACUUUGACUCCACUUUUGGAAAGUGUGAAAGAAGACACAAAGUCAAGAACUGCUGUUGCUUUAGUCACAGUGUCUGAUAAAGAUGGAGUUAAUAGUGAGAACAUUCCCUACUCUGCUGAAGCGGGAUACUUUGUAGCCAAGAUCAGAGCUGUUGAUGCUGACUCUGGAUAUAACGCACUUCUGUCUUAUCAUCUAACUGAACCCAAAGGAACGAAUCUCUUCCGCAUUGGAAGCAGCACUGGAGAAAUAAAGACAAAGAGACGAAUGAGUGACAAUGACCUAAAAACUCACCCACUUCUUAUCACAGUGUCUGAUAAUGGAGAGCCAUCACUCUCAGCGACUAUGUCCAUGGAUGUUGUGGUUGUUGAGAGUCUGGAUGACAUAAAGACAUCAUUCAGAGAAGUUCCUGUUAAAGAGGAGAGUUUUUCAGAUCUGAAUCUGUAUCUGCUCAUCGCUAUUGUCUCAGUAUCAGUCAUCUUUUUACUGAGUCUCGUGGGUUUGAUAGCAGUUAAAUGCUACAGGACAGACGGCAGUUUCAGCAGGUACAGCGCUCCAGUGAUCAGCACACAUCCAGACGGAAGCUGGUCCUUCUCUAAAUCCACACAACAGUACGACGUGUGUUUCAGUUCAGACACAAUAAAGAGUGACUUAGUCGUUUUCCCCUCGCCGUUUCCUUCAGCAGACGCGGAGUUGAUCAGCAUUAAUGGAGAAGACACUUUUACACAAACUCAAACUCUUCCGACCACCGAGAAGACGAACGUGUCUUGA